CACAGGCCUGUGAAUGCUUUGUUCUCUGUUUUGAAGGGCAUCAACAGCAGGAAGUUGGUGCACCCUUGUGUGCAUUUCUUCAUUACUAUUGCUGGGUUUCAUGUGAUGACUAAUAAAUAAGUAGGGCCUUGUCCUUGAUUGGUUUUGGCAGUAUUACUGGGAUUUUGGCAGGCUUAAAGGGCAAGACUGGAAAUAUUCAACGUCUUUGUUGUCAACAAUUCUCACGAAAAGACCAAAACCACCAAUCAACUUAUUCUUCUGUCAAGUUGGGUGUGUCAAAGUCUGAUAUAGCUUAUUUCUCUGCCAUUGAGUGCCUUUAACCCUCUGGGACCACUCGGGACAUUUUCAGCCAUAUUUGUCAUUUUUCUUAAAAUGUGUUCAUUUUGGAUGUAUUUUAAAUAUUUAUUUUGUCACUCAACCAAUGAGAAAGUGAUUAUAUGUAAGAUAUGAGGCAAAUUUGCAUAUUAGCUAUUUAGCAUACUGACCCUCACUGCAUUACUGCCUAUCAGUGGUAAGGGUCUAGAGGGCAGGUAGCCACGUAGCAGCAGUCGGCUCUGGAUCUGCACUUUUCCCGUGUGCGUGUUCGUGCAGUGGUGAUGACACGUGAUGACUCCAGUGGCGGUUGGGUGCCCCUUGGAGGUGGUGGCCUCAGUCAUGUGGUCAUAUGUAAAGGGCGGAGUCAUGACGGCCGAGGGCGGAGAGAAUACAUCAUACGUGGAGAACGGCUGCGAGAUCGAGCACCUGUGUUGGAGUGUGCAGUGCAAAGAGGGUUAGUGUACAACAAGGUGAACCCCAUCUUCCAUCACUGGCGAGUAGAAGAUCGAAAGUUUGGCCUUACGUUCCAGAGUCCUGCCGAUGCCAUCUCCUUUGAGAAAGGGCUGCAAACUGUCAUAGACAAGCUCGACAGAGGCUCUGACUCGCCCUCGUCCUCCACGCCAGAAGAGGCCGACACCGAGGAUGAUGGACAAGCUUCCCAUACAGGAAGUGAGUCGUCAUCCAACAGCAGAAAGGGGAUGCUUCCUAAACCCAUCACCAUAGUGACGAGUGAGUCGUCGUCGAUCUGCUUUGUGCGAUCGGAAGAGUUUAGUUUUGGAUCCAGCCAUGCUGUUACCACUCAGACACCUGCUCAGAUCCACACCAGGCCGGGACAGCACCAGCUCUCACAAAUGACGGCUGUGUUGAAUCCGCCAGCGCCCCCGCCCCCACCUCCUGCUCCACCUACUCCUCCUGUGGGUCCCCCAGCCUCAUCUCCUCUGUCUCCCCUCUCACCCACUAUUUCUCUGCUGGAGGAGGGAGACUUGCGCAGCGUGGACCCUUGCAAAGACCUGUGGGGUUCUCGAGGUUAUGAGGACUACAGACGGGCGGGGGCCACUAGGACUAUGGUCGGGGGGCUGACUGGGGGUGUGGUUGUCGGCGGUGGAGGGAAUCUGCAGGACAAGUCAGAGCUGUGCGUUGUUCGCUUUGAGAAGGAGCUGGCAGGAGUGGGGACGGCGGGGUGUGACGUGACAGUGAGCCUGGACAGUAAAGCUUCCCAGCGGCUGUCUUCGUCAUCACCCACCUGUAUGUCCAUGCCCAACGCUGUGUCAGGCGUGUCCUCACCUGCUGGCUCGCCCCAGGAGACGUGCAAAGGCUCGCCGUCUCCCUGCUGCAUCCACACCUCAUUGGCCACGCCCCGGUCGCGGACUCGUAAGAGAGGAGGAGGGGCCAGCAGCGGCGACCCAGGGGUAAUCUCCCCCGACGACGACAGCCCGUGUCCUCAGGCUUCGUCGUCGUGCUCGUCACGCUGUGUGUACUGCCGCUCUGUUUUCAGCGCUUCGGAGAACGGGCGGGGCCGCUGCAGAGAUGCCCCCGACCCGGCCCUGCACUGCCUGCGCCAGUGGACCUGUGUGUGGUGCGCAGAGAGUCUGCUCUACCACUGCAUGUCGGACUCUGAGGGAGAGUUCUGGGAGCCUUGCUCGUGUGAAGACUCGAUGGGGGGCCACCCGCACCCCCUUUGCUGUGCCCGCUGGUUGGCCCUCCUGGCCCUCUCGCUCUUCGUGCCCUGCAUGUGCUGCUACCUGCCUUUGCGCGCCUGCCUGCGGUGUGGGGAGAGGUGUGGCUGCUGUGGAGGAAAGCACAAGGCGGUCCGAUGAGGCCAGGCUAGGGGGUGGGAGGGGUUCCCUGGACCAAGGAGGUUUGGGUGCUGAGAGGAGAGAGCAGGAGGUGGAGCUUAGCAGGUGGAACAGUGCUCUCAGUAGACCCAGACCUCUGACGCGGCCCUCAAAAGCCCCAUGGCCUUCCACUGCAUUCCGCUCUUUCUCUUUUCAACCUGAGGCCUUCCUCACUGGUCCUUGCCUGCUGAGGGUGCACUGCUCUCAGACCAGGCUCUGUGGGAGUCAUCUGGAGCCUUCGUAGUGGAUUUACUGAGGGUUGGCUGAUCUAGAAUUAGCGGUCAGAAACUUUAUCACAGGAAGAGAGUGGCAGAGGCAACGAUGAUGUGUACACUGUUUCAAAUGUCUGUUUGUUUUUUUUUUUAUUUAGAAAGAAAAACACAAAAAACUAAAGAUGUUUAUAUAUAUGAUUGUUAUAAUUUUAAUUGGUAUAUUUUAUUAAAUGUAAAACGUAUUGACAGAACCCCCCAAUGGCACACACUAUCACGUAUUAUUCACAAACAUGAGAUCUUGGGGAAGUUAUUUGUUUCAUGUUGGCCUGUUUAUCGGUCAGAUGAACAGAUGUCACCCUUUACCUCUAAUUUUACCUCAGAUGUUACUCAACCCUGGUUAAGAAAUGAAAAAGAGGAGGGAGCGAUGUUUGGAGAGAGUGAGCACAAGUGAGUGCAGUCUUCAAGAUAGAUGAGCAUCUGAGACCACUAGUGUUGUCUUUUGGUUCAAGUAGUAGACCACAGUGAAGGAAAGGUUAUCAAACGCAAAGGGACAAUUAAUGUUAAGGGAAGUUGCAAUGACAACCACAAAGACUUAAAGUCAUAAUGUGAUUCAUUAUGGUCCUUUGUAACCAAACACAAGGUUAUUUUUGUUUUCUAAAAAAAAAGAAAAAAGAAAAUCAAGAAUGUGUGUCGAACAUUAAACACCCUCACUUUACACAUAGUUUUUCAUCUUUCCAUGUAUUUUCAAUAUUAAUCAUAGAAAACAUCACAUCCCACCACUGUACUUGUUGAAUCAGUCAAGGUGCUUACAACUGAGGCCUCUGAGCGAGUCUAUUCUACCUAAUGUACACAACGACUGUACAGUCCCAACCCCAAAGAAAAACAAAACAGGACCCCAUGCUAACCAAUCUGUAGAUGUGUCCAGGCCUUUGAAUGAGACGCCACCAAAAAAAAAGAAGAAUUAAGUGCAAUGAACAAUGUAUUGAAAGAGUAUUUUUGUACCAGUUGUUCACGUUAGGAAAACUAAAUCGAAAAGUGUUGGAACUGAAUACUGUAGUGUGUUAUUGUGUUCGACAUCAAGCAGAAAUGAUAAAUAGGAACACACACUCGUCUUUGAGCAGCAGCACGUAGCUCGCAGGUGUGACAUUUAAACGUGCGUGCUGUAGACUGUUGACCCUGUGAUAAGAAAAGAGACACAUUAACUUGAAAAAUAUGAAUGGCGGUAGGUCUUUGUUUGGGCACAGUGGCAGAUGUGUUUGCUGAAUGUUGCUUUAAGUAUGAAGUCAAAAAAAGCUGCUAUUUUAAGUCCUGUCCUAAUCCUAUUCUAACUUCCCGCUGCCUCUUAGCAAUUGAUGAGGUGGUGUGGCCGAGUCAAACAAUCCCUCAACUUCUUGAUCCACUCAAGGUGCUGAGGAGGCUAAAUUGUGUGUGAGUAAGGUUUUUGUAAGCUGGGCUUAAAGAUAAAUUCACCAGGACACUUCAAGACAUUUUUAAAAAAUGCUUCUGGUGAUGCACUUUGCAUUUCUGUGUCUAUUUUGCUGAUUGGUGGCAUAUGUUUCUACUUACAGUGAAUAGCUGGUGUAGAAGAUUAAAAAGUAUUUCCAUCACAGCUUCAACAGAUUAUAUUGACUGAUUGAUUUUCAAAAAAUUCAAUAUGUCAUCAUAUUAAAUAGCAAGGGCAUCUUUUUACAGCAUCCCUUUACCAGUGUUUAACAGGUUGAAGGUAAAUGAUACUAUUAAAGGUGGAGAAACACCAGAAAUUCUACAGAAAUUUGCAUCCUGACUAAAAUGCAAAGAAGCCACAAGAUUUAUAAGAUCAUAUUUUUUGUUGACAGAAAAACUGAGGCACUAUUAUCCCUAUAACUGUUGUUAUUGGUCUCUCCACUGACAUAAAGAGCAAACUAACAAAUGCCAGGAAAUUUCAAGAAAUCUGUGAGCAAAGUAUUGAAGAUGUUGGUAUGCACGUUGACUUAAAAUGGAAAGACUAAAAAGUAAAGUCCCAAAAUAACUCAUGAAAUGCACAGAGCAUCACAGAAUGAAACCUUAACAGUGUUAGAGAAUCUGUCGGGGGCUCUCUCUCUUUUAAAUCCUUUAAAAUUAACGAUGAGAACACACAGAGUGCGCUCUGUAUAAGUAAACUACCUGGUAGACCUUGAAUUAUGGCAGAAUGAACCUUUCAGAAGCUUCAUCAGAUUAUUUACAUUUUAGGUUUAGCCAAGAACUUGUAUCCAAAGUGACUUAAAGUGAGUGAACAGGCAGUAAGUAGGGUUCAGAGUCAGGACACACAACUGCUAAUGAACACGACCCUUGACCUCUCGGUUAUAGGACAGUCAUCGUCACUACUAGGCCAGCCUGCCAACAAUGUUGGUCCACUUAAAAAAAAAAAUGCUGUCACAAUGGCAGAAAACACACACUCAGUCAGUCACUAGACUGCCAUUCCCUGCUAUUAAAUUAACCCUUUGUCCCACACACACAAUCCCCACAAAUCUGCAAUGCAUAGACCUGCACACAGACACACACGUUCACUCGAUGGUGCAGACAUACAGAACUAGUAAAGCCAUUGCACACAGUUUGCUACUUCUGGUUCAGAAAUGGUGUUAGAGUACAGUACUGACAGUCACAAUUGCAGGCCCCAUUCUUACAUCUUAAUAAAUGUGCCUUUUGAUUUGAGUAAUCAAUAACUUAUGAUUUCUAAGUAACUCUGUGUUAAGUACUAUUUACUUUUUGGGUUAUUGAUUUCUGCCAAUGUGCAUAUUUUCAAAUGUACGUAUUUAUUAGUUUCAAAGUAAUUAAUGAGAUAUUACCUGUUUAUUUAUUUAUUGAGAUAUUUAUUCUGAUUCUUUAUUUUUUUGAGACAGGUUUUUAUCUUCCGUGCUGUCUUACUUCUGACUUUGUGCCAAUGUGCUGCUUUGAGGUGUUACAUAUCGUGGGUUUGUAUCAUUAUUAAACCCUCACUCUAUAUUUUAAA